CGACGGUGCACACGCCCGGCCGGCCUAUCUCGUCGCUCGAAGCUCUGUUUCAUCUCGCUAGGGUCCCAUACACGCAUGCUAAGACUAGCUAUCACUUCUGAGUUGCCUCGACAACUAUCGCCUGGUCAUGUCAUCUCAUGUAUCCUGUCGUUCUGUUCGCCUCACCAGCCAAGUCUAGGUACUGAGGAGGUACUGAGAAGCAGCACUAGUGCGCUAGAGCAAGACGGCUUCGUACAUUCUUCACACAGCCAUGAUGGUCAAGACGAUCAUGCUGCUCUCCCUGGUCCUCGCGGCCGUUGCCAUUCCAACCGCCAAGCCUUCAUUCCUUGAUCAGUGUGAUGACUCGAAUUGCGGCAUCGGUGGCAGAUGCAACACGCUGACCGGGUUCUGCAAGGGCGCGCCUCAAUAUCAGUGCUGCUUUGCAAACGACCGAUGCGAUCGUAACUGCUAGUCAUGGAUUUGCUGUCUCUGUAUGUCUAGACGCUUGCAUCAUCCGAGUUUUUGCAUCUCCUCGCGCUCGUUGCGUCUGCAAUAGUCCGUGACGUUCGAUGACACCAAUAGCAUGCAA